AUGGUGAUCAUUAUGGCCCAAGAAAGCACGACUGCCUGCAAUUUGGUUGAAAUACCAGGCUUGGUCUGUCAGAUGGGGCAGACGCCUUGGGCAGAUGGGCCUCUACUUGAUGCUGCGAUCGCACGGUCCUUGGUGGCUUCCGUUUUUCUGGGCAUUCUUGCGGUGCACUGGUUUUUCGCCUUGAGCAGCAAGUCCUCGAACUUUCAACGGAAGACCCAGCAGACUAGCACGCAGAUUCGCGAAGAGCAGAUCGACAAGCUGGGUGUUCAAGAGGUGGACAAUAUCUUGGCCAGAUCGUGGUUCACUGCCUGCAGAUCCUUUUUUGCUCACGCUCAGCUAGGGCCGAUCUGCUGCGAGAUGUGUAAAGCUUGGCAAAGCUUUGACUUAGCCCCCGCAAUGUGGCUUGUGGGUCUCUGCUCAGGCUAUGUCAUUUAUUUGCUUGUUGCCAAUGAAGCCGUGCCAGCAACAUCGAAAAUGGCUAGGCUCACCUGCGGCAUGAUCCAUGCUUCUGUUUUUUUCGGCUUCCUUGGUGCAGUUCUGUCAGACAAAGCAGACACGGACGACUUCGUUGCGCAAAGAGAGAUGAUCGCCCGAGGUCAGCUGAUUUUGGCCGUUGUGUUUCCGGAUCGUGAUUUUUUGUUGGUGAUGUCAGGUUUUUGGUUUGCAGCAAACGUUGGGACGACUGUUUGGACGUGCGGCUUUGAUGGCUUGACUGUCUGGUUCUGGACCACCCAAGCUUUCCACCUUAGCAUCACUUGCCUUGCCAUUCCCAUCACGAUCCUAAACAUCCAUCGGGACCGCAUGGAAGCCUUCAUUCAAGCAGAGGACUCUGGUGCGUUGGUGUCAGCCUUUCAGUGCAUGCUGAGGGGUGUCUGUGAUGGCAACGUGAUACUUGAUGGCAGCACCCACAUAUGUGGGGCCUCCAAUUUCCUCCCGCGCCUCUUGCGCACCCAGGAAGACUUGACUGGAAGAAAGUUUUCUGACUUCAUCACUGAGGAGAAGGGCUACGGCUACACCAGGCUCGAGGACUUCCUGGCAGAAUCUACAGCUGAUGGAGUCAAUGAUUACGCCACGCCCCGAUGCUUGCGGGUCACAAUGAAGGGAGAUAGGGGCAGACAAAUUCCGGUGGAUGUUUUCCACGUCGUGCUGCCGAAGCGCUUGUCCAGACUUGGCGACUCGUCAGAUCGCCACUUGCUGGCGCUGAUUGAGGACGCAGAUGCCCGUCUCAAAGCUGAAGAUCCAAGCAGUCCGAGCUGUCGAAACCGUUUGACUGGGACUGGCAGCUUUGCGAAGAGUAGGGAUAGCCCAGGGUCCGAGUGUGGGAGCAGCAGUUGCGAUGGCGACGCCGUCGAAGUCCUGGAGGAGUUGUCCCAGAUACGAUUUGUGCUGGACUGCAGCACCGACCUUUUCGACAUCUCAGAAGCACAUCUGCAUUUCGACCGCAUGACAAGCCAACCGACAUUGAAACUUGGCAUGCCUACUUUAAAGAGAUUCGUCCGUCCUUCAGACUGGCCUGCGCUGAAGACGAACCUGCGCCAGUAUGCCAGUGCAGCUUCUGAAGGAAGAUGCCCAGCGCCACAAGCACUUCCGCCAGUGAUGAUCCAAGUGCCCGGCGAGUGCCACAAAUACUUGUGUGCCCGCCAGGUGUCGGUCAGACCACUCUACUCAGGUUUCCGGCCUCCGGGAGGGCCGACCUACCUACACGUGACCCUGAACAACUUCCACAACACGCCAAGACAGAUGCAAGCUCGUUUCAUGGGUGAUGUGCAUGAGGACCCCUCGGAAGAACUUUCAGAAAGUCAGGAAAGCUGGGACGAACAUGAUCGCCGAUUGUACAGGCUGCUUACGAACGGCGUUGUAACUUCGUAG